AUGAAGACGACGUCCGUAAUACUAAUCACAGGGUUCUUGGUGUUGCUGAACUGCGUGACAUCGAGAGGGAUGCAUCCCGUGCGUGUUGACUGUUUUGCAAACUUCGUAGUCACGAACGGGAAAGGUGUCAGCGAAGAUGGUUUCAUCAUGAACGCAGCGCUGUCCUGGGGCAAGUGGCAGCUGGCCGGUAGGGACGUGACCACAGUGAACAACAUCGGAUUCGGCAGCGCCAAAGCGGCCAGCUUCCGCGCGUCGGGACGCGAUAGCAGCCCAUCAGGCGCCGAGGGUACAUUCAAAAUAAACGAGGGCGCAAGGAAGAUCGCCGUCGUAGAAUUUUCUAUACCGUUCUGGGGAAGGAACGAAAUUGUUAUUCGCAAUUUGGACGACCAGUUUUUGUGCAAGCAGAGAGGCUUCACAUCCAAGGGCUCACCGACUAUCAAUAUAACGUGUCACAAGGUUACCAGUUGUAAACGAGAC